AUGAAAGACAUAGGAGGUACAGUAAAAACAACUUUCCGAGAAACAUUUACAUUAGUUCAAAAAGAUAUUCUACGGUGGUUUCCCGGUCAUAUGGAAAAAGGUUUAAAGCAAAUGGAACAACGUUUGAAGAAUGUUGAUUGUAUAGUAGAAGUACAUGAUGCUAGAGUACCGAUUUCAGGACGUCAAGCAGAUUUUCGUCAAACUUUAACUGGUUUAAAACCGCAUAUUUUUGUAUUAAAUAAGAUUGAUUUAGCUGACUUAAAAUAUAAGCAGCAAAUAGAAUCUACCCUAAAGAAUGAAGGAUUAUCUCACAUACUUUUUACUAAUUUUAAAAAUCAGGAAUGCAAGGGCAUGAGAAAAAUAUUACCUUUGGCUAAAAAAUUAAUAUCGAAUUCUGAACGAUAUAAUAGAAAUAAUGAAGAAUCUUUUGCAAUGAUGGUCAUUGGUAUACCUAAUGUAGGAAAAUCUUCUUUAAUCAAUCGUUUAAGAAAUACUUACUUAAGAAAAUCAAAAGCUACAAAAGAAGGGCCUAUAGCAGGAGUGACACGUUCCGUAUUAACUCGUAUAAAAAUAUCUGAAAAUCCAGAUUUUUUUUUAUUAGACACUCCAGGUAUCUUAGCACCUCAUGUGAAAGAUAUAUAUACUGGUCUCAAAUUAGCUUUGAUUGGUUGUUUACAAGAUCAUUUGGUAGGACACAUAACAGUUGCUGAUUUUCUUCUUUUUUGUUUAAAUAAAUAUGGAAAAUAUGAGUAUGUUGAAAAAUUAAAUUUACCUGAGCCAAAUGAUAAUAUCAUUUAUGUUCUUACAUUUAUUGCUGCAAAGCUAGGAAAAACUCUAAAAUUACGUGAUUACAAUAAUAAAUACGUUGUUAAACCUGAUUUUCAAGUUGCUGCCAUGUAUUUUAUUAAUAUGUUUAGAAAUGGAGAAUUUGGUCCUAUUUGUUUAGAUGAUGAUAAAUUAUCUAAUAAAGGAUAAAUUAAUAACUCAGGAUAAAUUAAUCUAAUACAUACAUCACAUAUUUAAAAUUACAAUUUACAUAACUAGUUGAAUAAAUUAGAAAGUUUUUGUAUUAUUGUAACUUUAAAUUCUGCAUUUUUAUCAUUUAGCAAAACUUAUUUUUUCCAUAUAAAUUGUAUCAUGUUGAUUGAUUUAAAUAAUUAUAAUAAAUAAUAUAUACUUAUUA